GAGGGGGCGUGGCGAGUUUGCGCAUGCGCGUCCGCAAGGUGGCAAGGAAGGCGCACGCGGCUGAGGGAGAGAUUCUCUGAGGGGGAAAAAAAGGAAAGAUGGAGCGUGGCCACGAAGAAGAAGAGGACGCAGGCCCAAGCUCGACUUUCCUCAAGGAGCAGGAAGCAGAGAGCGAUGAUUGGACGGACAGCGAAGAAAGCGUCUUCUCUGGACUCGAGGAUUCUGGGAGUGACAGCCUCACAGAGGAAGAGGAGGAGGAGGAGGAAGACCAGAGCAGCGGAGUCGAGGAGAAUCCAGAUGCCCUGUUGUCUUCUGAGAAGACUAAAGCUGGAGAAGCUCUUAAGAAGAAGGGAAGGCUGGGCCAAACGGUCAGGGACAGAGGGACCGCUCAGCAGGAAGAGUCUCUGGGGAACGAAUAUGUGGAAGACAGCUCCGACGAGGAGGACAUCCGCAACACAGUGGGCAACAUCCCCAUGGAGUGGUACCAGGAGUUCCCCCACAUCGGCUACGACUUGGACGGCAGGAAGAUCUACAAGCCCAUCCGCAACAAGGACGAGCUGGACAAGUUUCUGGAGAAGAUGGAGAACCCAGACUAUUGGAGAACGGUCCAUGACAAGAAGACCGGGGCGGAUGUGAAGCUGACGGACGAACAGGUGGAGCUGGUCAACCGCCUCCAGAAGGGCCAGUUUGGGGACGUGGCUUUCAACCCGUACGAGCCCGCCGUGGACUUCUUCUCCAGCCAAGUGAUGAUCCAUCCGGUGACCAACCGCCCGGCGGACAAGCGGAGCUUCAUCCCUUCCCUUAUUGAGAAGGAGAAGGUCUCCCGCUUGGUGCACGCCAUCAAGAUGGGCUGGAUCAAGCCCCGGAAGCCCAAGGAAGAGGAGGGGGCGCCGUCCUUCUACGACCUUUGGGCCCAGGAGGACCCCAACUCCAUCCUGGGCCGCCACAAGAUGCACGUCCCGGCCCCUAAGCUCCCUCUGCCUGGACACCAGGAGUCCUACAACCCUCCGCCCGAGUACCUGCCCACCGAGGAAGAGAAACUGGCCUGGGAGCAAGAGGACCCUGCCGACCGCAAGCUGAGCUUCCUCCCGCAGCGCCACGACUGCCUCCGCCGCGUGCCGGCCUUCCCCCGCUUCAUCCACGAACGCUUUGAGCGCUGCCUCGACCUCUACCUGUGUCCGCGCCAGAGGAAGAUGCGGGUCAACGUGGAUCCUGAGGACUUGAUCCCCAAGCUGCCGAAACCCCGGGACCUGCAGCCAUUCCCCACCGUCCAGGCCUUGGUCUACCGGGGCCACUCCAGCCUCGUGCGCUGCAUCAGCAUCUCCCCCAGCGGACAGUGGCUGGUGUCAGGUUCUGACGACGGCACCGUGAAGUUCUGGGAGGUGUGCACGGCCCGGUGCAUGAAGACCCUCCCCGUGGGAGGUUGCGUGAAGAGCGUGGCCUGGAACCCCAACCCCACCCUCUGCCUGGUGGCCGUCGCCGUGGAGCAGUCGGUGCUGCUGGUGAACCCUGGCCUUGGGGACAAGCUGCUCUAUGGGGCCACUGACCAGCUGCUGGAGAGCUACGUACCCCCCGAGGAGGAGCGGCCACAGCCGGUCAAGUGGGAGGAGGCCUCCGGAGAGGAGCACCAACGGGGCCUCAGGCUCAUCGUUCGGCACGGGAAGCCGCUGACGCAGGUGACGUGGCACGGGAAGGGGGACUACUUUGCGACGGUGGUCUCGGACAACAGCCACCUGCAGGUGCUGAUCCACCAGGCCAGCAAGCGCUGGAGCCAGGCGCCCUUCCGCCGCAGCAAGGGCCAGGUGCAGCGCGUCCUCUUCCACCCGCUCCGGCCCUUCUUCUUCGUGGCCACGCAGCGCUUCGUCCGCGUCUACAACCUGCUCAAGCAGGAGCUCACCAAGAAGCUCCAGGCCAACUGCAAGUGGGUCUCCAGCAUGGCCCUCCACCCGGGAGGCGACAACUUGAUCUGCGGGAGCUACGACAGCAAGCUGGGCUGGUUUGACCUGGACCUCUCCACCAAGCCCUACCGCGUCCUGAGGCACCACAAGGCCGCCCUGAGGGCCGUGGCCUUCCACCCGCAUUACCCGCUCUUUGCCUCGGGAUCCGACGACGGCAGCGUCAUCGUCUGCCACGGAAUGGUCUACAACGACCUGCUCCAGAACCCGCUGAUUGUGCCGGUGAAGGUGCUGAAGGGCCACGCUCUGGCCCACGACUUGGGGGUCCUGGACGUCCUCUUCCACCCCAGCCAGCCCUGGCUCUUCUCCGCCGGCGCCGACGCCACCGUCCGCCUCUUCACGUAGCCCGGCUCCGGCUGUGGGUCUCCUCCCGAGGAGGGCGAUGAGGCCAGUGGACUUCUCUGUUUUCCAGAGGGCCGGGCAGCAGUCUUUUGGCCCUGCAGAACUAGUUUUGCAAUUAAAGGAUCCCGGCCUUCCUCCGCACGGGGUCUUUCCAUGGCUCUCUCUGUUCCGAGACCUAAUCUCACCUCCUGGGAAAACUCUCCAUCCUCUGAAGGCCGUGAAGGCUGAUUCUCAAGCGGAACGGACUCCCAAAAGUCUUCUCUUACUUCUCUCUGAUCGACGGCCCGCCUUUCUGUCUGAGUUUCAACCUAAUCACACAUAGACUCAGUGAAAAAUCCAGCACCCUCCUGCUGAGCCACAACAUACGUGUGCAUUCACGAAAACGUAUAUCAUGCAUUAUUGCUUCCUGCAGAGGGUGAGGCCAACACGUGUGUCACCAGCUGGAUCCAAGUCUUUGAAGUAGCCUGCAGGUACCAGGUAGAACAACACUCACCUGCCCUGUCUACACUAUCAUAUAAAAUCCAGAUUAUCUGCUUUGAACUGGAUUAUAUGGUGGUGCGGACUCAUACAAUUCAGUUCAAAGCAACGACAAACAGACCAAGAGUCAAUAUUGAACUCCCAUGAUUUUGCAUUGAUGUGGCGUUGGUGGGAGUGUGGAGGGAUGGGUGUGUUGUUUUGCAGUGUGUGCUGGGGAAAGCAUCUAAUUUCAUUGCACAAUCUAUAUGUGAUGAUAUAGUGGCCUCCCUGUUUUCUAUAUAAAUAAAAAUGUAAUGUUCGUUUGUGGGAUUAAC